CAAAGGGUGCAAAAAAAAAAAAAAACAACUAAUAAUAACAAUAAUCAGCCAUGAGUUCGUACGUAGCCAAUUCAUUCUAUAAGCAAAGUCAAAACGUUCCAGCCUAUUCCAUGCAAAGUUAUGGGAAUUAUGGAUCUGUAUCCGAGGUCCCUUCAUCCAGGUACUGCUACAGUGGGUUGGAUCUGAGCAUUACAUUCCCUUCUCCUGGUUCUUCUAACUCUCUGAGCGCUUUGGACAUGCCUUCAAACCCAACUGCUAACCCUGAGCGGCCCUCCUGCACUGUUAUGGGUUCUUCUGGGCACACUGUGGGAAGAGGAGAGCAGAGUGCCCUCAACUCUGGGAUUUACAAUCAGAAAGCUGCGACUACAGCGCUGGAGGAGAGAUCUAAAGGGAUGGAGAGCAUCAAAACUGAGCCGGCACAGAGCACUCCACAAGGUGGGCAACCACAGCAGCAACAGCAGCAGCAGCAGCCACCACAAAUAUAUCCUUGGAUGACCAAACUGCACAUGAGCCAUGAAACGGACGGGAAGCGUUCCCGGACAAGUUACACUCGAUACCAGACCCUGGAGCUGGAGAAGGAAUUCCACUUUAAUAGAUACCUGACUCGCCGAAGGCGCAUAGAGAUCGCCAACAACCUCUGUCUAAACGAGAGGCAGAUCAAAAUUUGGUUCCAGAACCGACGGAUGAAAUGGAAGAAAGACACAAAAGUCAAGAGCAAAGACUCCAUGUAAAGGAGCAGAGACCGGAGAAGGCAGAUAUUUAACCUUAGUUUUGUUACUUGAUGAAACUUUCUGCAUUUUAUUUUGUGUGAGGGGAGACCAAGGGAAGAGAAGGAGUCCACAGGGAUCCAAAGUCAUUUGUAAGGAUCUAAGGCCCUAAUGUAAUAUAUAGCGCCCGUUCAUACUCUUUUUAUUCCCCAAACAAAAUAGUGUAUAGACCUGUAUCUUGUCUUAUGUGUUUUGUUUUGACCAAUUUUGUUUUAAUGAAAAACUCUGGAAAAAAAUAGUCUUGGCAACUCCCUGCUCUAUGUAAUUUCCCGAGCGGCAUUGUAUUAGACUUGCAAGCUGUCUGGGGUCAAAGAGAGUUCUUUUGGGGGAGAAAAUGCUAAUUGAGAUCUUUAGGCUGAAGAGGGCAGGGAAAGUGUGGCUGUAUUAUAUUGUGCUUACUAUAAUAGGGGUCAUAGAUUUAAUGGCCGGUUAGAUAUGGAAAUGUAUUAAAAAAUAAAAAAAAAAACAGGGGAAGAGGUUUUUAAGUUAAAACUUCUCCAUUCGUUCCAUCGAAAUGGAAUAGACCCGAGUCUGUGUGUGUGUGUGUAUACAAUCCACACAUUAAUCCUUUCAUGCACUUGUAAAGUCUUUUCAUAUUAUACACACUAUAAAGUGAAUUUGUUUUUCCUGCCAUGUUAUGUUUCAGUAGCUGUUGCUUAUGUUACAAAAAGAAAAAAAAAAACACCCCAGUUUUUGUGUAUCAUAAGUUGAUUUUGUCCAUAUACUUUUGAUAUUAUUUGUUUUGGAAGUGUUUGUGUGCUGAUUUUAUUGGCAUGUUGGAGAAACAAAAACGAGCAAACUUUUUUUUAUUAGGAUAAAAAAAAAAGGUUUUUAAUGUGUAAUUUAUUUUAUUUUUUAUUUCUGCGUAAGUAAUGCUAAAAAAAAGCGUCUAAGAAACAGUUUGUACAUCCUCGUUUUAAUAUAAUCCUUUCUAGUCAGUUUUAUCUGAUCAUGUAAUGCAUAUAUUUAUUGGUUGUAAUUUCAUAUGUGAAAAAAUCAUGGAACCUAUAUUUUGUCAUAUUGAAUAAACAGCAAGUAAUAUAACAA